UCUUCUCCUCAUCUUGGUGAUUGAUUUCUAGAUAUCCACUACUCCUCAACUUGCUGCGAAAUCUUUAGAUCUCAACUGAUGCAUUUGACCUCACAUUCGAUAUUUAUCUUUGAUUUCGACUAUUUGCAACUGCGAUUUGGUUUUCUUAUUUAUCCCCACCUGGUCUUUCUAAGAAUCUCUGAUUCUUUAAGAUUUGGUUUGAGUGAAUUUAAAUUUCAGUUCUGUCGUAGCAACAGCAAGGGUGAUCUCACUUCAUUCUUAACGCAAGUGGGUUGUGACACAUUAAAGCUCUCCCUCACCAUUACCAUUAUUCUCCACACUUGUCGCUUCCAUGAAUUCCAACUCAGUUCCAUCAGAGACAAUGAAUUCGUCCUUGGGCGUAGUCCAUGAAGGAAAACUGAAGAAACUGCGAAGUGAUGCCGGGAAAGGCAUGUGGGCAGAGGUACUAGAAACGUACAAGCAAGAAAGGGAACUACGAACAGCCGAGAUAACGGCGACAGGAGACACAGUGUUACACAUGGCUGUGUUUAAUGGAGAAGAGAAGGUGGUGGCAAACAUGGUGGACUUAGUUUGCGCAGAGCAACGUGUGGAUAGAGAAAGGAAUGAGAGAAGGCACGUCCUAGGGGCCAGGAAUGACAGGAAAAACACUCCUCUGCAUUUAGCUGCAACAAUGGGCAAUGUUGAAUUGUGUAAGAAGAUCGCCGGCGCCGACCCCUCCUUAAUUUCUCGACUCAACAUCGCCGGCGAGACACCCCUCUUCCUGGCGGCUCUCGCUGGCAGGAAAAAAGCUUUUCUUUGGCUUCAUUAUCUUUAUAUUGAAGCUUCUUCAAACGACAACCAUGGAACUUCUUCAAGCUCCAUCGACCAUGAUGGAGCUUCUUCUUCAACCGACCAUGGAAGUUCUUCAAACAACCAUCCUCUCUGGAGAAGGAACAACGAGGACACCAUUCUUCAUUGCGCAAUUGCAGAAGGCCAUUUUGAUGUGGCAAUCGAAAUAGUUCAGCUUUAUAAAGAUCAAGUGAAAGAGAUGAUGAGGCGAAGCAAGGAAGGGUUGACUCCACUACAUAUCGUAGCAGCAAAGCGUUCAGCAUUCGAAAGUACUGCUCUCCUUGGUCGAUCUUCCAUUGUUCGUCCCAUUUAUAGGUUUUUCAGAGUUGAGGAGAAGAAGCAGGCCAUAACGAAGGAAGAAUUGGAACAAUUCGAACGCAAAUCACGUGUCACGGUCGUCCGGGAUGCAGUGGUCAAGUUUUAUCGAGAAAGCUCUUGGUCUUUCGCCCUCCUAACCCUUCUGAUCCUCCCGCGGUUAUUUAUCGAAACAGGGAUAUGGUUCCAUGGGAUGAGAAAAAUGAAGGAGAAGCACACAUGGUGUCUUCAAAUAAUGAAUGAACUUCUUCAGCAUGCUUCCGAUGAAGAUAUGAAAGAAAUAGUAUCGAGAACCCCCUCUCAACAUCUUUCAAUCUCCGAGGAAACAAAAGAGGAGAACGAGUCGGAAAUGGCGACACCACCGUCUGGUACGAUAAUAAUUGAGACACCCCUUAUGACUGCUGCAAAGAAUGGUGUGAUAGAAAUGGUGGACAAAAUUCUGGAAUCGUUUCCAUCGAGGAUCAAAGAUGAGAACGAUGAGGGGAAGAAUGUAGUUCUACUAGCUGUAGAAUAUAGGCAAACGUGGGUUUACAAGUUUUUGUGGAAACAGAAAAAGCUGAGUGAAAGUAUAUUUAGAAAAGUGGAUAAACAAGGAAACAAUGCAUUGCACCUUGCAGCCAGACUCGGUGUGGAGCAUGGUUGGCUCCAUCGUGGGAAAGUACUCACCAUGCCAAUGGAAAUCAACUGGUUUGAGUACGUCAAGUGCACAAUGCCCCCUUGUCAGUUGGAGAGAUACAAUAAGAAUAUGGAAACCCCAGACGACAUGUUCAGAGAGAGUCACAAGGAACUAAUGAGAAGUGAGGGGGAGUGGGUGGCUAGUACCUCACAAGCUUGUUCUGUGGUGUCAAUCCUAGUGGCGUCUGUGGCCUUCGCCACUCGAGACACUGUGCCAGGUGGUUACGAUAAUAGUAAGGGCUACGCAAUCCUUAGGAACAAUAUAGUAUUCAGAUAUUUUGCAAGCUUCUCAUUUUUUGCCCUUUUCUUCUCCCUCAUAUCCACCAUCUUCUUUCUGUCUAUAGUUGCUUCUCGUUCCCAAUCAGUCAGAUCUUGGAAAUACCUUCCUUUCAAACUUUAUUUUGGUAUGUGCUUCAUGUUCGUUUCCAUUCUUGGCUUGUGGAUCUCUUUCUGUGCUGGUCAUUUCUUCAUGCUCAAUGACGACAUUCAAAAAUUGAGCAUGUCUCUUCCAUGUUAUCUUGUCGUGUCGUUGCUGAUCAUCCUUUUCAUUGUCACACAGCUCCCCACAUUCAUUGGUCCGGCAUUGUCUAGCAUUAGGCAGUUUCCACCCCCUAAACGCAAGAUCAUCCCUCCCAUUGUGUACCGAAGAACCAAUAAAAACAAAAAUGAUACAGAUUUGGGCCGCGACCACACUUAAAUGCAUGUCUUGUUAUUCAAACAAUACCAACCUUUAUCUCUUUUGUUUUGCAAUGAUGUGUAAGCAUAUCAUACGUAUUGUACUUUGAAUUAGU